AUGUUGACUGCUGAUACAGCUGUCAUAUCAUGUUGUACUUUGGAUAAAAGACUUUUCUCAAACUCGACGAGCCAGAAAAAAGACACACGCGCACAUAUAAAUACAUGUAUACAUGUGGAUAACAGUAGUAGUAAUAAGAAGGAAAUCAUCAAUGUUCUUUAUUACAUCAUAGGUAGCACAGGGGCGGGCAGGCAUGCAUUCUUCAUUGCAGCUCAUCCAUCCUUACCAGUGACACUCCCCAUUCUAUCCACCGGCGAAAUUGUUACAACAGCACGCUAUCAUCAACAUGUCCUUCGAACUGAUGCUGAGAAAAACGUUCUAGAACCAUCAACAUACUCAGGAUAUACAUCUCUCUUCACACACACACAUAUAUCUAUUUUUCUCAUCAUCGAGUUACAAGCAAUAGAGAUCGUUGUUCAAACGCAAUGUGGCAGACUCUCAUCGCUAAUCAUGUCGAACUUCAAUAUCAAUUCGUCGUGUCGAACACUCUCUGAUUUGAUCAUCAUCUAUUUUAUCAUUUUAUCAUCAUCAUUAUCAUUUACAACUAAUGCGGCAACAAUGCGUGUUUCGUGUGGAACGGAUAUUGAACUUAAAUGUCCAAUACGUUCAACAAAGAAUUCAUAUGAAGUGAUCUCGUGGUUUCGUCCCAAUUCAUCGCAUUCACAUUUAACGCUGAUCGCCAUUGGCGAUAUUCUCUUUUCUGAAUAUGCUACCAUAGGUCGUUACAAUCUCGUAUCUUCGUCAUCAUCAUCGACUCCCCGUUUGUUGAUCAGUAAUGUUUCGAGGGAAGAUCAAGGAAUCUACGCAUGUAAAUCAAGUUCAAGUGGUCAACAUAGUAUAAAAUUACUGGUUAAUUCGCAUCCGCAUCUAACUCCACCAUCUCCUCUGUUUCUCUAUCCGGUUAAUCGAACAUUUACAUUAACUUGUUCAUUAUCAUGUGAUUCAGAAAUUCAUUUCGACGAUUUAACAUGGCUUGUCAACGGGCAACUAUUGAAUCAAUCAAACUAUGAUUUUCAUACUGAACCGAUCUCAUCGAACACUCAACGUUUAACAAUAUUUUUCAAUAAAAAAACUCAAAAUUUUCAUCAAGCAAACUAUACAUGUAGGUAUAAUGGAAAAGAAGCCCAUAUUCUAGUCCGACGCCGUACAAAAGAUGAAUUCCAUCGAUUGCCUCGGCAGCAAGAUGCAUCGGCACAAUAUCUCUUCCAAUCCUUAUUCAAUGCUGGUCAAAUUCGUUCUCCAUCAGUAUUUCUAACGAUGAUUUUCUUGUUAUUAUCGUGCAUUUAUUGA